CACGCCGUUCUGCCCCCCCCCCCCCUUCAAGGCCGGCCCGCCCCGAGCGCCCCGCGGAUCAGCGGGGCGGUAUCUUGUCUCUUUUUUUUUUUUUUUACCCUUUUUUAACCCAUUUCUUUCACCUGUCGCCCCCCCGGAGCGGUCUCAGAAUGUCGGGACCCCCUCGGUAUCCUCUGAGCCUGGCGGAGGUUGAAGCUGGCAGCGAUAACGAGCGGUUGGGGGUGGUCCGGGACAGUAUGCUGCGCAACCCCAGGAUCCUCAAGGCAGAACUGGGAAAGCCUCUGAGAAACUGCUAUACCCUGCCAGGCUGGGAUUUUGCAUAUGGGCUGUACAUCGAAAGGACAGAUGGAGGAGUCCCUGAAGCAAUAGGCCACUGGAACUCGAUAAAGCCUAGGACAAGUAUAGAUCGGAAUAUGCCCCGAGACUUCAUAACCAUGAACCGUGGAGCUCUGAAGGCUGGGUAUACCACAGCCCGGGAGUUUAACUUGUACUACAAGGACAAGGACAUUCGGCGCAAAGAUGAGGACCUCAGUCGCUUUAGGAGAUCUCCUCCUCAUGUACUGGCAGACAUGACCUAUGGCAUCCCAGCACGGCCUUCCACUCCAAUUUAUGACAUCCUCCAACACAAAUACAAGGAUCUGUGGAUAGAUCAGCAGAGAGCACGGACUGCAGCACUCCGGAUGGAGAAGAAAAAGUUACAGAAGGACAGAGGGCGUGACACUCGCACCACUCUGCUCCGAAAAAUCCCAGUGCAUCCAAAGGAAGAAUCCUUCUGGCAUCUGCCCCGCCUGGAAAAGGUUGAGCCUCAUCUCAGUACUUUUCCAGACUGUGAAGCUCGUAAGAAGGCGUUCAGUGCCUCCCAUUGAGAAGUGCCUGGGAGAAGCAGUUCCCUCCCCAGGGCAGCCAUACAGAGAGCUCAGGUCAGGACCUCAGCCAGCAUGGAGCCCUGCAUCGGCCAUAGACAUAGGAUUUCUCAGGAUUCAAAGGGAUGUAGAUGUAGAUGUAUUCAUGCAGAUGUAGCCAAAUAAAUCAAACAUGGAAGUCAA